AUGGAUUUAGACUUUAUUUUUUUUCCAGCACCAAAAGAAAUAUCUAAUGAUCAUGAACAUGGUCAAAUAUUAUGGAUUCCAAAAUAUCCAAAACUCUAUCCUACUUUUUAAAAUUAUGUACCAAGAACAAAUAAGAAGAGGGGAAUUUUCUUUAAAUAAAGUGAAAUAGAUUUUGAUGAUGAUCAUUUUUUAAUUGAUGAACCUACGUAUAAAUAUAUAUUGAUUAAGAAUAGAGAAUCUUAAUUACAGCCAAUACCUAAUUUUUAAUGGAAACCAAUAACCAGUAGAUAAAGAAAGAGAUAAACUACUGAUAUUAACUCACCAACAUUUGAUUCUAAUGAGGGUAGUCCAGAUGUUCAACAAAAAUUACAAAAACUAAAUAUGUAAUCUGUUUAAAUCAUUGCAAAAAAACCUCAAUUGUGUAGAAUGUCAUCAAAUCUUUAUCCAAUUAAAAAGACAAGAAUCAAUUAGAGUAUUUGCUUCAGUUAACCACUUAUCAAAUUACCUUAAGAAUUAAUUGAUAUGAAAUAAAAACAAUUAAAUGAAUCUAAUGAUGAAUAGCCUCCACCAAGAUCAAACUCAAGGGAAUCCCAUUAAAUCAAUGGUUAUAUUCCAUGUAUGUAUGUAGACUCAAAAAAACAUUCUCCAAAUAUAUUACUCUAUUUUCAUGCAAAUUGUGAAGAUAUAACAUAAUCGUAUAAUUUCUUAGUUCAUCUACGUGAUAAUUUACAAGUACUUUAAUAUAUUAUUGUCUUAUCUAGGUAUCAGCUAUAGCUGUUGAAUAUCCUGGAUAUGGGAAAUAUAAAAAUGAAUAACCUUCAGCUGAGUCUAUACUAAAUGAUGCAGAAUAUGUGUUUAAUUAUCUUACAAAAAGAUUAGGAUAUAAUGAAAACAGAAUUAUUAUAUUUGGUAGAAGUAUUGGAAGUGGACCAGCUACUUAUUUAUCAAAUAAAUAUAAACCUGCAUGUUUGGCUUUAAUGUCUCCAUUUACUUCACUUAAAGCUGCAGUAAGAGAUUAUAUUGGUUCAUGGGCAUAGUUUCUUAUUAGAUAAAGAUUUGAUAAUUUAGAAUAAAUUUAGAAAGUAAAAGUACCUAUUUUUAUUUUACAUGGUAUGGCUGACAAUAUCAUACCAUAUUCAUAAGCAUAAGAAUUAUAUAGUAAAUUAAUAUUUUUAAUUAGAAUCAUGUAAAUCUGAGAAAUGUAUUCUACAUUUGGCAGAUGAUAUGGAUCAUAUCAGUUAUAGAUUAUAUAAGGACUUAAUUAAUCCAUUUACAGAAUUUUUACUUUAAAUUAAAUAUUAUUAGAACUGUUCUUAAGGACCAAAAAUGCCCACAGUUCUCUUUUAUGAUCCUACAAUUGAAUGA